AUGAAACUCGCUCGCUCAACUCCAAGAAUUCUCAGAGGCAUCAGGCCUCAAAGCAUGGUCUUUGCUCGGCAGGUUGCUACCUCUACAGUACGCAAGUCUUCCAACCCGCAACUCGCAUUUCCGUGCCUGGAUCACCUAGAGUCAAAACAACAACGCAUCACACAAUCCUUUGAAUCUGGUCCGGAACCCAGUUACGGCGUCAAUGAGGGCUACAAGACAUACCACAGUGAUAAGCCUCUGUAUCUCGACUAUGGAGGAGUGCUUCCGGAGUUUGAUAUUGGCUACGAAACGUGGGGAGAGCUCAACGAAGACAAGUCCAACGGUAUCUUGAUCCACACGGGUCUGUCGGCCAGCUCACACGCCAAAUCGCACCCCGACAACCCCAAACCGGGAUGGUGGGAAAAGUUCAUUGGUCCGGGACUUUCCAUUGACACAGAUAAGUACUUUGUGGUGUGCACAAAUGUUCUGGGCGGAUGUUACGGAUCCACUGGUCCAUCCAGUAUCGAUCCUGCCAGUGGCAAGCGAUACGCAACCUCGUUUCCUAUUGUGUCUAUCAAUGAUAUGGUCCGAGGUCAGAACCGAUUGAUCCGAUCACUCGGUAUCAAAAAGCUACAUGCUUCUGUAGGCAGCUCCAUGGGCGGUAUGCAGUCCCUCGCGUAUGCCAACGACUUUUCUGCCGAGGUGGACAGGGUGGUAUCUGUUUCUGGAUGUGCUCGAUCCCAUCCCUACUCGAUUGCCAUGCGACAUGUUCAGCGUCAGAUUCUCAUGUCCGAUGCUAACUGGAAACGAGGCAACUACUACGACAGCGUCCCCCCUCACGUCGGAAUGAAGCUGGCUCGAGAGGUCGCCACCAUCACAUACAGAUCAGGUCCCGAAUGGGAGCAGCGAUUCGGACGAGAUCGAGCUGACCCCACCCGAGCACCCGCUUUGUGUCCCGACUUCCUCAUUGAGACUUACCUGGAUCAUGCUGGCGAAAAGUUCUGUCUGGAGUACGACGCCAACUCUCUUCUAUACGUUAGCAAGGGUAUGGAUCUGUUUGAUCUCGGUGUUGAGUCCACCAAGCACACCAAGGCUAUCCGAGCCAGAACUCGACAACAUGAGAAUGAAGCGGCACAGUGUCCUCUUCCCGAUAAGCUGAUUGAGGAGCAGCCGCGAUCGGAGGUCAAGACUCCUUCUCGACAGGAUCUAGUGGACGGAGUGAAGAAUGUGGCCAAGCACAAGGUCUUGGUGAUUGGAAUUGCUUCCGACAUUCUGUUUCCCAGUUGGCAGCAGAAGGAGAUUGCUGAAGUUCUGCGAGAAUCUGUGAGACAGCAGGGAGGUAACGAAUUUGGCAUUCAUCACAUUGAGCUUGGAGAGGACGUUUCCAUGUAUGGACAUGACACCUUCCUUUUGGAUGUGGAGAAUGUGGGAGGACCCAUCAAGCGGUUCCUGGAGCAUUAG